CAUCCCGCUGGAAAUUAUUGGCCAAUUCUUUCCAUUUCUGUGUGUCCUAAUUUUAGGAUAGAAUGUAAAGCCGGCCAAUUUUGUUGCAUAAAGUUGACAUGGGUUGCGAUUGAUAUAUAUGUAAAAAAAUAAAUAAAAAAGAGAAGAUUCGUUUGAAAGCUUGCACACACACAGAGAGAGAGAGAGAGAGAGAGGGUGGGGCUUAAAGUAAUACUAGUAAUGAUGUUGUGUUCGCCGGCGAGAACAGGGAGACAUCGGCAACGGUAUAUGGAUGAAUUUAGGCUGGUGGCUGGGUGCAUUCCUUUUAAGUUUGAGAAAGUUGUUCGGGAUGACAUUUGCGAUUUAGAGAAGAGGUUACUUGUCCUCAUGAUUUCUUCACCAAAUCGUGAUGAUCUUGUUUUUCCAAAGGGUGGAUGGGAAGAUGAUGAGACCAUUACUGAAGCUGCAUGUCGAGAGGCCUUGGAGGAAGGAGGAGUGAAAGGAAUACUUCGUGAAGAACCUCUGGGAGAUUGGGAGUUUAGAAGCAAGAGCAGUCAGAACAGCUGCAGCGUAGGAGGAGGUUGCAGAGGUUUUAUGUUUGCCUUGGAGGUGACUGAAGAACUGGACUACUGGCCAGAGCAGGAUAUCUAUGAUAGGAAAUGGCUUACCAUCGAUGAAGCCUUCAAAUUCUGCCGGUACGAUUGGAUGCGGGAAGCUCUUAAAAGACUCUUAAUGGUUCUAUCAGAGGGCAGUGGGACAGAAGAAACUGGGGAAGAGUUGGUGGAAUUUUCUAGGUUGUCAGUUUCAGAUGCUCAGGCUGAUCAAACGCUAUCACCUCUCUACUUUGGUAAGCCAUCUGGUGUCCAACACCUUGAUGAAUCUUGUAGUAAAUGUGCUGUUCUGGGUUAAUUGGUCUUCCGUAGCCAAGUUGAUCUGGGUGGGUUUUUAAGUGUCUGCUGUCCUUGAUUGUUGGAAUAGUGUUGAAGCUUGUUCUCAAAUCUCUCCUCCUCUCUUUGUGACACUCUGUCAUGUUAAAGAGUUUAUGGUAGAGUUCUGUAACUAAAAUCUGAUUUGAAUUCUGAAGUUGUACCUAUGCACCUGUAAAUGUCAUUAAAAUUAUCAUUCGUAUUGAUUGUUCAGAAUGAAUAUUCAAUUAGGUAAUUAA